UUUUUAUAAUCUCCUGCAGUCACCUGAUGAUGAUUAUAGCUGUAAUAACCUGUCAAUUUUUUCGACAUUAUUAUAAUUGUUAUCGAAAUUACAACAAAACAAAACAACUAUAAAGUUAUCCGAAUUUUGAUCAGUACUUGAAGAUUGUUAACUACAAUAAAAAAGUUUUCCAACAUAAUGUAUGAAAAAUAAUUGUCAACAGACAGGAAUUAUUAACAAAACAAUAAUAAUAAUAAUAAUGGUUAUUGAAAAAACAUUAAGUGUGUAACAAAAGUGUUCUGAUGUGGUCUGAUGAUGGGGUGGACCAAAGUAAUGUCAAUAUGGGCAGUCACUUGGGCCUUUUGCUUGAUAGUCCGCGGGCUGGUUAAUCCUUCCUCGCUGCCUCUGUCCUCGGGCUCCUCGCCGUCAAUGUCUCAGCAGAAUGUCAAGCAAGUUCCCUGCGACAAAACUCGUAAGAUAUUUACAAACUCAUGGGGAGUAAUCAGCGACGGGCCAAUGGGUUCUAAUUACACCCAGGAUUCUCACUGCGAGUGGCUUAUUAAAGCAAACAACAGCAGACAAUUUAUAACCUUGAGCUUCAGGACAAUGGGAACAGAGUGCAGUUAUGAUUAUGUGUUUGUAUACGACGGAGAUUCAUUUCGUUCGCCUCUUCUAGGGAGUUUUAGUGGCAAAACUGAGCCUCAGCAAGUGACAUCAUCAUCCGGUUAUAUGUUAAUUUUGCUGUACAGCGACACUAACUACGUUUUAGACGGGUUUCAUGCCGAGUUUUCAGUCACUGAUUGUCCAAAUAACUGCACCAGGCACGGCAAGUGCAUCAACAACACCUGUGUCUGUGAAAAUGAUUGGGGAGGAAAGGAUUGCUCAAGGGAAUUAUGUCCAAACAAUUGCAGCGAGGCUGGAACUUGUGGAGUCAAACGGUGCCAAUGUCGGAAAGGUUUUUCUGGACAAUCUUGUUCCUUGCAUGCUACUCAUCCUGAUGGUAACAAAUGGCAUUGGUUAUCCCAUUCAGAGGGUGGAAUGACACCUCGAGCUGCUCACACAGCCAUCUAUCACAGUAAAACAGAUUCUCUCUACGUAUUUGGUGGUUACAAUCUAAACUACGUCCUCAGUGACCUCCAGGUCUAUCGGUUCAACACCAGUCAGUGGGAAAACGAGUUUGGGCAAGUCCUAGAAGGUGCUUCUGCUGCUGAAUAUUUGGAUCCCAUGCUAAUUGCUGGUGAAUUGGAACGCAUUGGACUGAACGGUGCUGAAGAAAAAUACGGAAUAUCCUCGAGUUCGUUAGUCUGGAAAGUCCUCUCCAAUAUAAAAAACAGUUCAAGCAGUUUCAAUUUUCGGGACAGUAUCAGCGCUGCUGACAGCGGUGAUAAUAAUAGGCGAGAAUUCAUCGGCGGGCGUGAUUACCGUUUUACCAGACCUCCUGCUAGAAAGAAACGACAGGUUCCAGUAGAGACUACUAUACCUCUGCCGGAUGAUGAUGAUGAUGAUGAUAUUGUUGUUAUAAAAGUCAAUGAUAAUGAAAACCAGGAAAAACAAGUCCUGGAAACUCAUCCUAGUCCAAGGUACGGUCACGCGGCUUGUAAGUACAAUAAUGGAUUUGUUAUUUAUGGAGGAAAAUUGGCAAACGGGUCACUGUCUAAUCACCUCUGGCACUACAAUGUCGAAGCGAGAGUUUGGACUCUGAGAGCAAGAGAGUCUGCGUUGAUUCCUCCACCGCUUACUCGACAUACUUUAACCCUUGCGGCUGAUGAUAAUGAUCAAGAAAAUGGUUUUAUAUAUCUGUUUGGAGGAAGCACAGUUGACGGAGAAUUCUCCUCAAGUUUGUACAGUAUAAAGUUGAAUUUUACCCACCCGGAAGAAGAACAGUGGCGCCAGGUGGUUGUUCGCGGUGGAAAAGAAUUGGACGUAAGAGUUGUCGCGCACUCGACUGUCUAUCACAAAGCGACAAAUUCACUGCUGGUGUAUGGUGGUGUAGUAGCAAGCGUUGCGCGGUUCAGCAAACUCUCAGACAGGAUGUUUGUCUUUCAGCUGAACCGCAAAGUCUGGUCAGAGAUUCAUUACCCGCGUGCGCACCUCCGAGACACCUAUGUUCCGCGAGAGCGCGCUUUUCACACUUGCAAUAUUGUCGGUAAUUACUUGGUGGUAUUUGGUGGGUACUCCCAUCGACACAACAAGGAAGAAAUCUGCUAUGACAAUCAGAUGUACUUGUAUCACUUGGGCUGUCAUGUCUGGGUUAGUCACGAGGUCUUUGGAGUCACCGAUCACAAAGACGGUGCUGGAUAUCCCAAACAACAGGGAGUUUUUGCCCAUGCAGCUGAUGUAAGGAAUGGCAAUACUUUGUUACUGGUUGGUGGGUAUCACGGGAACGUCAAUGCUGAUCUUUUGGCGUACACUUUGCCGCCGAUGCUGGCACCCGGUGACGGUGAUUACACUGGAGCUGAACCAGAGCAGCUUUGUUUCAAGCACAAGACCUUUACAGAGUGCUCUGCCAAUCCAGAGUGUGGAUGGUGUUCUGCUGACGAGAUCUGCUAUGGAAGAACAAUUGGAAGUAAUUGUACAACCAACUUGCAAACUUCCCGUUGUCCUGGUGUGUGUCCUGCUUUGGGUGAUUGUCACUCUUGUUUAAUUCACGGACAGCCCAGCAGCGGAACCGGCAACUGGGGAACCAAUUCUCGGGGAAAAAUUUCUAUUUCUAACAAGUUAAACCUCGGAACGUGUACUUGGUGUGUUCAAAAUGCCCGUUGUCAUCACAAAGACGAUAAUUAUGGCGUCUGUGGUCUGCGUGAUGACACUUUGUCCCAGAUUCCAGGCUGGUGGGGACCAAAGGGCACUGAAAUAGUCAGAGUAGAUGAGUGUCGUGAGCUGGAUCGUCGGCCUGGAUUGACGUUUCUCAAAUACAAACCUCCUGUAAACUUCACCCAACCGGAUUCAGUUACCAUUGUCAACGCUACGACUAUUGACUUCAACGUUCCAUCUAUGCAAGGCGCUAAAACAGAGUCUGGCCUCGGUGGAGAGAUGAUUGCCCGGCUCACCGGGUUCCUCAGACUUCCACAGUAUUUUUGGGAUGACAGCGCUGAAAACUUGAAGAUUUGUGUCAGCUACAACAGCGCCACCCUAAGAGUCACUCACAAUCUUGAUGAUAGUGAUCGUAAUAGUAGUGAUGAAAAAUUGGAAUUUGUGGCUAAUUUAACUGCUGAAACAUCCCAGUGUAUUCCAACAAAAUGGCCUGAUGGAACAAAAAUGUCGCUACAGCCAAAUGGCCGGUAUUUGUUGGACUUUGAAUCUAAACGGAUGGUCACUGUAAAUUACGCCUAUCCGAGUAAAAUGGAAAUAACUCACAGUAGAAAAUCAGAGAACCCCAAGGUCUUUACUUUCGAGUAUCUUGAACCGUAUCAGAAUGGAACUUGUAGCCAGUACAGCAAUUGUCUUCACUGUUUGACCGACUCGUCUUGCGGAUGGUGUGAGUUGAACAACAAGUGCUUGUCUCGCGCUCUCAAUGAAACUGAAAGCUGUGUAACGACUGUCGAGUAUAACCACAAAAAUAUUACCGAGUGGCGUUAUCUAACCAUAACGCCAUCUACAUGUGCAAAUUGCUCAAACUACAUAACCUGUGAGUCUUGUGUGACAACCAGUUUGUGCGAAUGGUGGACCGAAGAAGCCAGAUGUGCUCGAAUUGGUCGACUACCCAACAGUGUUCUCAGUGUUGAUCAGUGUCCCAUUCCGUGUCGACAAAGAACCAACUGUACUCAGUGUUUGGACGAAAAAGGCCGCUGUGUUUGGUGCGAAGCAACACACGAGUGCUUUUCCUUCUCUGUUUAUACUUCAGAGUACCAGUUUGGGUUGUGUCGCGAGUGGAUGGAUCAAGCUGGACUGAUGGGUGUCACUUCUAGGUCCUCGUUGUCCUCCUCGGCCUCCUCCUCCUCCUCCUCCUCCUUCUCCUCCUCAUCAUCAUCAUCGGAUCAAGGAUUCUCUUCGGGAAACUAUCAGUGUAAAAGUUGUAGCCGUCAUACCAACUGUACAAAUUGUUUGCACUCUUUGAGUUGUGGCUGGUGCUACAGUCUUGACAAUCCCAUCACUGGAGUUUGCGUCCAGGGUGAUUUUAAUCGGCCCCAUGUCAAUUGCAGUCUUGCCAUCAAUGACUACUACGCGAUAAACGAAACAACGUUGAUAAAUCGGGAAUCUGGAUGGGCGUAUGCCCAGUGCCCGGAUGUUGAUGAGUGUGAUCUUGGACUACACGACUGUCAUCCCAAUGCUAUUUGUACCAACACUCACGGAAGCUACAGCUGUCAAUGUAAGCGAGGGUUCAACGGUGAUGGUCGGGAAAAUUGUACCAAAACUUGCUACGAAAAGUGUGUUAAUGGUUAUUGCAGUGAAGCGCCAGAUUACAAAUGCGAGUGUAAUCUUGGAUGGACUGGGCCUGAUUGUAGAACCAAUUGUGGGUGUUACAAUCAUUCGACUUGUGUUAGUGCUGUAGGAGUGUGUGAUGAAUGCCAAGAUUGGACUACAGGUAAAUACUGUGAGGAAUGCAAAGCUGGAAGCUACGGUAAUGCCACUACGUCUUUGGGAUGCAGGAAAUGUAAUUGUAACGAGCAUGGAGACCGCGAUAUUGAUUACUGUGAUCGACAGACUGGCAAGUGCUUCUGUAAAGACAACACUGAAGGCGAAAUGUGUGAAAAAUGCAAGAAAGGUUACUACGGAGAUCCAAGAAAUGGCGGAAUGUGCUACUACGGGUGUAUGUCUCGUGGAAUGCUCACUGGGCCCCAAGGUGGAAUGACUGGCAAACAAGGUCUAGGCAGUAGAUACUCCCAGCUAUCACUGUGGGAAAGUCAUCUUGCUGGUAGUCCUACCCGUGAGUGUCUCUGGAUUGUCCGUCCAUCCAACGGUCAGUUAAUGACCAAUUCCAGUGAUAAUAACAAUGAUGAUGAUGAUGAUGAUGAUGAUGAUGAUAUCGCCCCCCAGAGUAUCAUCCAGUUUACAAUUAAUGAAGAUAUAAAUGUAAGCUGUCAGGAAAACAGUGUCUAUGUCUAUGAUGGUCUGCCUGAUUUUGUUUCAUCGACCAGCAGCCAUCAGAGCCAAUUGUUGGGUGUUUAUUGCACUGAAAGUACUAACUAUCCGGUGACUGUUGAAGCCAAGUCGGGGACUCUUACUGUUCAUUACAAACAGCUGGAUGAAGUUGAAGGGUUUAACGCGAGUUACAUCGUUAUGACUUGUGGGAUAAACUGUCCGGUAAAUAGAGAGUGUAGGAACGGGCAGUGUCUUUGCAAAGUUGGUUUUGUUGGUAUUGAUUGUGAUGUUGAAUUGUGUCCAAACAAUUGCACGUCUGCGAAAAAACAGGGUGUCUGUGAUAAAAGUUACGGCCACUGUGUCUGUGCGGUUGGGUUUGGUGGUCGUGAUUGCUCAAUUAAAUUAAAGUCUCAUCAAUUGGUAUUCACGGAACUGUUCAAUUCCGAGUAUCUUGCUGAUAAUUUGGAUCAUUUACGGAAGACACUGCCAAGAUUUGGACACAGUCUCGUUGCAGAUCGACGAGGAAGUCUCUGGAUGUUUGGCGGGUACUCACUGAGCCACGGUCCGUUGAAUGACAUUCGUCUUUUUGACACUAGAAACAACACUUGGAUGCCGGUGACCGUUGAAUCUACUUCCGAAGCUUCUAUGCCUCAAGGCCGGUACUUUCACGCUGCUGAAAUAGUUCACAGUCGUCAACAGAUUUACGUCUACGGAGGAUUGUCACGCAAAGAGGAAGGUGUCAGUGGAUUGUCCAACAAUACACUGAGUGAUUUCUGGAAGUUUAGCUUACAAAAUCAACGAUGGAGUCUUGUUACUAAACACAUUUCUUCUCCACCAGCGGCAUCUACCACAGCAACGACGACUACUACUACUACUACUACUACUACUACUAAUAAUAAUAAUAAUAAUACUACUACUACAACUACUACUACUACAACAACUGUAAAUUCUGAGGCUAAAGCAGUCCCACCACCAUUAGCAGGACACACUUUGACCCUACGUCGCAACGCCGAGUCGGAGAGUUUAAUUUUAAUCGGUGGUUUCAGUCCCAAGUAUGGAUAUCUAAACAGUGUCUGGGAAUUUAAUUUAGAAACAGAGUUGUGGUCGGUGAUGACAACACGAGGAAACGGUCCUCUGGGUGUCUAUGGACACUCGACAGUUUAUCACACCAAAUCCGACAGUUUGUAUGUAUUUGGUGGGUAUACUUACGCUGUCAAUCGAACUUUUAUAUCAAAUAAAUUGUACGCUCUAAAUUAUAAAACAUACACGUGGUCUGUCCUUCCGCCUUUUGAUGACAACAAUGACAACACUGAAGUUGGUAGCUUGCCUCAAGCAAGAUUUCUUCACUCUGCUGUAACUACUGAUGAGUAUAUGGUGAUUUUUGGUGGUCGCCAGAAUCCGUACAACACCAACGAUUCGUUAAUUGCCUACGAGUAUGCCUGUAAUUUAUGGAUUCGGCUGAUUACCAAGGACACUGAAAUAAUCGGAACUCCUCCUCCACCGGCGUAUGCUCACGCGAUGACUCACGCUGAUCCAGAAGUUAACGCAAUUUAUGUCGUAGGUGGAUUUGACGGUGGAAUAAACAGCCAUGUCACUCAGAUAAACAUUCCAGAUGAUCUUUGCAAUUUAUGGACAGAAAAAACUGUCUGUAGAAAGUAUUUUGGGUGCUCAUUUUGCUCAGUGAUCACCAUUGCAGGUAACAACGAGUCGUAUUGUUUUUCAAACCAGCAGAGCUCAGCGACUCACCGUGUUGAUAAGUGUAACACCAACGUUACCAUGUCGCAGCGGUCGAACGGUGUUUACUGCAAUUACGAGUGGAUGGCCAGUCGAAAGUGUCAAAACUUGAAAAGCUGCACAGAAUGCUUGGCACAGUGGCCUUAUUAUCGCGACAAUGAGGAUGACGAUGACGAGGACGUCACACCUAUUUGUAAAUGGUGUACCAAUUGUCCGACUCCUCAUGGAAAGUGCAUACCCGCGGAAAAAGACUGCGAUGAGCAAAAUAAAUGCAAUUCACGGCAAAUUUCAAUAAUGGACGUUAAUCAGUGCGGUGAGAGACAGUGUCCUGCUAGUGAUUGUGAAAAGUGCAGCAAAUUGGAUGAAGACUGCGUUUGGACGCGUCAGGUACUAAAAACUUCCGAGUUUGGCGUAAAGAUGACCAGCGAGCCAAUUUACGACUGGAAUUGUGUCUCUAAAGACAUAUUUGAGCGGUCGAGUAUAAAAAUGGCGAGCAGCAGUACUACGUGUGAAGCGAGAUGUAGCGAUCACAAAGAUUGCUCGAGUUGUUUACGAGGAACUGGAGCUGAAGGUGGCUGGCACGAGUGUCGCUGGUCUACUCAGUUGAACGAAUGUAUUUCUCCAUCGUAUCAGCCUUUAUACUGCGCUGGAGGAGUUUGUGGUCUGGUGUUGCGUAGUUCAGACAUUCUACAGUGUCCAGAACCUUGCUCGGUGUUUAAGCAAUGUAGCACAUGCUUGAAACACUCUCACUGCGGAUGGUGUUCUCUCGACUCUGCUAAUAUUACUGGACAGGGAAUUUGCACCGAGGGAUCUCUUGAAGCACCCACAGAUCAUCCAGCUGGUGGUACCUGUGAGAUGCUAUUCAACCAACUUAAUCCACCUACUGAAUCUAUUACAACGACGGUGAUGCCUCAUGAUUUCACAGAUGCGAUCGUCAUUGACCAGGAUUUCAAUCUGACAAAUGAAACAUUUUCAAUAGUUGACACUAAAAUGUCAUUUUCCUGGCACUAUGUACGCUGUCCUCCGGAAAAUGAAUGCAUCAAUGGUCAUCAUACUUGCUCAGCGAAGAGCGAAAAAUGUUUUGACCUGGAUGAAGGUUUUGAGUGCAUGUGUGGAGACGGUUACAAGAAUGAAACAACCUGGUCAACGGCUCUGUCAUUUUCAUCAUCAUCGUCGAUGUUAACAUCACCGUCAAUGAAUGAAUAUGGACGAAAAAUGUGUGUGCCAAUGUGUACUCAAGGUUGCGUUCGCGGAACCUGUAUAGAGCCAAAUGUAUGUCGCUGUGAUUUUGGAUACGUCGGUGCCAACUGUUCUAUUCAGUGUCAAUGCAACGGACACAGCAACUGUGCUGGUCCAGACAAACUUGAUGUGUGUCCAAAGUGUCACAACAACACUAUGGGUGAUCAGUGUGACAAAUGCGAGCCACUCUAUGUUGGCAACCCUGCAGACAACGGACAGUGCGUUCCGUGUUUGGAAUACUGCAAUGGUCAUACUCGGAUUUGCAUCAACGAAAGCAUGACAGUCUCUGAUCCAAAUUCAGUGGAUCGCAUGUCCAUUGAAUUGCUUCAGAAACAAUUGAUAGAAGGGCCAGUUGCCAAAGCAAAGUGUGUUAAUUGCGGGAACAAUACUCGCGGUGAUAAAUGCGGUGAGUGUGUGUCUGGUUAUUUCCGUGGUACUGAAGAUUUGCGUGAUGUUUGUCGACCGUGUGAGUGUCACGGUCACGGUAAUACAUGCGAUCCAGUUACGGGUGAAAAAUGUAAUUGUGGUAAUAACACAGAGAGCGAACCACUGUGUACCAGCGGACCAUCUAAAUCUGGUAAUCCAGGAGGUGGAAAACCUUGCUGGAUGGUACAGUGCAGCAAGUGUCGAGAAAAUUAUGCUGGAAAUCCAACUAUGGGCCAUCAAUGCUACAAAACCGUUACUGUUGACAAUAAAAUGUGUUUCGAUUCAAAGUUAAUUGACGAGUGCAAGCUCAAACCAAAACCACUAAAUCCAGGUCAAACUGUCUUUUAUAUGGUUCAGCCCAGGUUUAUGAAUGUUGAUAUACGAAUAAUGGUGGAUGUCACCCAAGGAGCGCUAGAUUUAUUCCUCAGUCCUCGUGAUGACUCCUUUGUAGUGACAAUAAACUCGACAACAGGUUAUCAAGAUGUUGAAUUAGACGGUAGGUUCAAGUGGCGCAAAGAUCACUACGACAAUUGGUUUGAAGAUGAUCACUCUAUGCUGGAUCGAAUUCGUAUCGUUGAAUUUCAUCCCCAUUCGCCUUACUCGCCUUACUCCCCUUACUCGUCGAUGAUCAACUCGUCUGGACAAGUAGAACAGACCAACUGGAACAACGGACCGCAAUUUCUAGUAAUGGAACGCUACGCUUCAGACAAUCUCGCUACCUUUGUUACUAUUGAACAACGAAAUACCUUUCUGGUAAUUCGGAAUCUUACUAAUCGACUGGUACUGACACUACCGGAAGAUAAACACGAACUUGGUCUAACAAAGUUCCAUAUUGCUCUGAGAGCGAUAGACCCACCGUAUGUUGUUGAUUUAACAGGAGGACGCGCUGCAUAUGGAAUGAUAUUUUUCCGUCAAGAUCAACUGCACAUUGAUCUCUUUGUAUUUUUCUCAGUAUUUUUUUCUUGUUUCUUCUUGUUUUUAGCAGCGUGUGUAGUCGCCUGGAAGACAAAGCAAGCUGCCGAUGUCAGACGAGCAAGAAGACGGCAUGUUGUUGAAAUGCUUCACAUGGCCAAACGACCAUUUGCUUCAGCGAUUAUUCUUUAUGACCGGGAUGGUAAUCUAGGAGAAAGUCCAACUUCACCUCAACAACGGAAACCCGCCAGGUUGGCGAGGAACAAAAUAGUUAAUUUCCACAGUGACGUAAGGCCCGUGGCCGUCGAACCAACAGAUGAUGGUGUCGCUGCUGUAGCGACUGUUUUUAUCAGACUUCCCGGUGGUCCCCAUGCUCCCGUCAAAUUAGCCCUUGGAAGCUCCUUGAUUCUACUGACGCGCGUCUAUCCAGUAAACAGUCGCGUCUUUUUACGCCGUCGCAACAGUCACGCUGUAAGUUAAUAAAUUAUAAUUAUGAAAGGUAAACUUUGAUACCAUGACCGAUUUUACACCAGUGAUUAAUUAUGUAUUAUAAUAAUAAUGAAUACCGGUAUAAAUUUUUUCUAUGUAAAUAUUAUUAAAGAU